UUGGCUUCACUUGUGCAUAGCGGUAUUGAGUGGAGACGCAUCGUCCAUAUUUAUGUACAGUAAAUUAGCAAAUGUCUCUGUAUUUCACAGUAUACCGGAGAUUUCAAUCUGGUGUCGGGUUUGACAUUCCCGCGCUGGCCGGAUUUAUGCAGACUGCGCGCGCUCUAUGGGCAGAGCCUGCGCACUAGAGACUUCUGCCAGCUGUGCCGGCUUCCGUAGCUCUCUGCUAACUUGAAUGGGGAUAAAAUAAUAUUCACUGGGCUCUUCUAGACUUUCCAAAUGUUAUCAGACCGUAAGAGUAAGACGGAGUAGGCCACUGUAGAGCCUAUGACGUAGAAGCACGUGUCAACGGUGUUUUUGUAAUUACUGUCACUGCCAGAAGGGGGAGACAAAAGUCAUGCACUCCAGCUUUAGUUUAAGAUUCGUUGUUUUGGGGCUAAAACAUAUAAAACAUAUUAAAAAUAUGUCAACUAAUUUAUGUUUUUCGUUGAAUUUUACACUUAGCAGGCCAACAGAACGAAUUUUCACACUGUGUGAAGAUCUCCUCAACAGGUUGCCCAUUGUGGUCACUUGACAGGCGGUUUAAUACAACCAAAAAUAGAUUUAAUUUGAAAUAGCCAACCGGAAAAGACGGUAAUUAUUUUUAAUUCCGGUCUACUUGACGCCUCUCCACCUUUUCUUACUUUACUACCCCCUCAGGCCUCCUCCCCUCCUGGGAACUAACCACCUACAACACAAGUUUGACAGCUCAGCUUUUCUCGUGUUCACACGCAGAGCGCAGCAGCAGCAGACAGCUGGACUCUCCUCCACUGGGCUCACUUUUCCUUUUUUUCCUCUCUCUCUUUCUCUCACUUUGAUCUUUUUUGGUAGAUAUGUGUGCGUGUUGCGUCUCCUGCUGGCUAUGAGGAAUUCUGUGUGUUCGUAGGAUUGGUCACUUUCCCCUCUGGCUGUUGGAGAGAGUGGACCCGUUUUUUGUCGUUUGGCGUUGGUGUUAUCUUUUUCUCUCUUUUUUUUUCUUUGUUGGACGUCGAAAGGGAUCUAACUUAAACAUGUCGAGGAGCGCGGAGGAGGUGAACAAGCUCACUGAAAGUACAUACAAGAAUGUGAUGGAUCAGUUCAACCCAGGACUGAGGAACCUGGUCAACCUCGGCAAGAACUAUGAGAAAUCAGUGGCCGCAAUGACCCUGGCGGGAAAGUUGUAUUUUGAUGCAAUGUCUAAGAUUGGGGAGAAUGCUGCAGUGUCUCCUGUCUCCAGAGAAUUAGGUGUAGUGCUGAUGGGGAUCUCAGAAGUCCACAGGAAGGUUCAUCUUGAGCUGGAGGAAAAUUUUAAGAGGUUCCACAGGGAGAUAAUAACCGAGCUGGAGAGAAAGACUGACAUGGAUGUCAAAUACAUGACAGCCACAUUUAAGAGAUACCAGAUGGAGCACAAGGUGAAGCAGGAUUCUCUGGAGAGAUCCCAGUCAGAACUGAAGAAGCUGAGGCGAAAGAGCCAAGGCAAGAACGCCACCAAGUAUGAAAACAAGGAGAGCGAGUGCCUGGAAACGUUGACGAGCCGUCAGAUGGACAUGCAGUUGUUCAUCGCAGACGGCUGCAAGGAAGCUCUGCUGGAGGAGAAGAGACGCUUCUGUUUCCUGGUGGACAAACACUGCAUGUUUUCCUACCAGUUUGCAAACUUCCAUGACAAGGCCAGAGAUAUGCUGACGGAAAAGCUGAGCAGCUGGCAGGACCAGUGCAACGAUGCCACCGACAUGCCCGAGAGCAUCUUGUCCAUGAUCGAGGGACUGCGUACGCCGGUCUCCAUAACACCGCUGCCCUCUCCCUCCCCGUCACGACACAGCGUGAACAUCUCUGCACCUCCAGCCCCACCUCUAAAGGCUCAGACCAGCCCUCUGGUUAACAUGUUCACUCCGGAGAACAACACCACCACCGCACCCACCAUGACUAACAACAGCACAGACCACGGGAACAGCGAGGAGGGCAGUCUGGCCAGAUCUGUGUCUGUUGCCACGGGCCUAAACAAUAUAGUGAAGAGGCCACGUGUGCGCACAAUCUUCCCCCACACCGCCGGCAACAACAACACACUGCUCAGCUUUGACGAGGGCGAAGCCAUCAUCCUGCUCAUCCCUGACGAGAAAGACGGGUGGAUGUACGGCGAAAUGGAGAAGAACGGAAAGAGGGGCUGGUUCCCUUCAUCGUACUGCCGAGCACUCUCUGAACCACUCGUGAAUAACAACAGUGUGUCUGCUGCCCCAUACCGCAGUAGGAGCGUGGUCAACCUGCACCAUCAGGACACAGAGACAGACGAGGCGACCAUGGUCCUUCCCCCAGCGGAUUAUUGUGACAGCCCGCAGCGCAACCCCAUCAAGAACAGCACCUCGCCCACCGUCACCACAAAUAACAACCACCAGCACUCCCCCACGCCCUCUGCAGCCUCCUCCUCGUCUGAUCACAACACGACAAACCAGCCUAAUGGCAUCUCAAGACCUCCGCCCGCUUACCUCGCGGGAGGGAACCCAUUCGCCACAGUCAGACUACGUCCAACCGUCACCAACGACCGCUCUGCACCGGUCAUCUGAUCUGUCCAUAUUUCCACCCACCCUAGAUCCCCACAAUCCCUUGUCAUCCCUCCUGUGUUAUCUACCCAGGAGAUGCAGCUCAGCCCCCCGCCUCUACUGUUCAGCAGCUUCUCCGGGUCUGGAUGGAAUUAGAAAAAACUUGGAAAAAAUGCCAUUUGAAGCUGGGAUCCACCUUAGAGCUGUAAACUCUCAUGUGGAAGUAUUUUGGGACCAUUUUAUUUACAGAACAGAUGCUCAUAUAUUUAAGAUAUAUAUUUUCUAUGUCUAUUUUCUGUCUGUUUGUAGUGGUGAUAUUUAAAUGACCACAUUCUUACCUGCACUUGAGAAAGAGAUGAAUAAAAAUGGUCAGAGAAAAUAUUGCAAUGUAUUUAUGCUGUUGAUGUUGCUUUUUUGUCGUCAAAAUGACUGUUAGAAAUCUUUUCUGUUGCCAUAGGACAGUAGAAGAAUGUAUUGUUGAGGACCCCAACAUUUCACCUUCAAGUCCUUAUGAAAAUGUUGCUACUCAGUGUCGAUACUGAUUCAAAUGAUGUUGCCGGCCGUUGCUGUGAACAGAGACAAUUGCAGAUGAUUUAAAGCGAUGCAUCCAAAAAGGAACACAAGUGAUCUUUAUCCAUAAAACCUUUUUGUCACAUUUAUGCAACAGAUGUUAUAAAUAUUGUCUUUUGUAGAAUUAUAUGACACAGACAGGACUUUGCCUUAAUGACACAUACAUACCUACUGUAAAAAUAUCGUUCACCUGUUGCUUUCUUCAAAUUGUGGAUGUGAGUUGUGACAAUCACCUCAUCUUCACAUAGACCGUGCAAUCAUUUCCGCUACAUGGCAUUUUAAGCCCGCAGUGUCUAUAUUUUUUUUGGUCUUUGACCCUCAUUACACCCUUAAUAGAAUUCAAUUUGCUGUAUGAAAAAUAAAGAUUUAUUUCUUCAA